AUGCCGCGAACAGCCCCGAAAUUCUCUGCCCGGCUGGCAGUGGAGCUUGACGAUCCUCAACCGACAUAUUUCCCAGGCGACACACUCACAGGAUACGUGACUUGUGAGGAACCUCCCGAGCGUCAAUUGCCAUGUUCAGCAGUGCGUUUGAAGCUCUUAGGCCGUGCCAAGUGCAAGUAUACCCAAACCACACAGGGUGGCAAGUCCAUACAACGAGGACGAGCCGUAUUUUUCGAGCACACACAAGUCCUUCACAAGGGCACUGUCACCUGCAAUGACGGCGGCCACCAUGCCUGGCCCUUUUCCAUUACAAUCCCUGAAACGUCGCAAGCAGGCUUUGCAAAAAGGCAGGACUGCGAUGAAUUUCGACAUAACUUUCGGUUCCUGCACACUUACGGCGCGGGUCACAAAGAAAUUGAGGUGACCCAGCAUCCACUGCCAUCUAUCAUGUACUAUAACUCCGCGUCCGCCAUGUCAGGAAAGACUGUCGAAGCGUAUAUCGAAUAUGUCUUGCAUGCCGGAUGCGGAGCCGUGACGGCGACAUAUCCUCUGUAUGUGCGACAAAGGUCGGUGCCUGUCCCGAUCCAGGACUUCAAAAUGCAAACGAGAACCUUUUGCAAGGUUAUCAAAACACCAAUGUUACUUCCUGAGUAUGCAACGACGCCUCUUACAUUCCGUCAGAAAUCAACCAUGAUCUUUCGCCCAUCCAAGACGCCUCGCUACGCAUAUGUCGUCAAAGUCGAGUAUCCGACGGUCAUCCAGUUAGAGCAUCCCACGCCUCUCCCAUUGAAGGUCUAUCUCAUCCCGGACUUGGACGGGGGUAAAACAACUGUUUGUGCGGAUGGCAAUCUAUCCACUCUUCCUCCGGUUGAAGUUGUCAAUAUGGAACUGAGUCUCAAGGGUGAAGUUGGUAUCCGUUGUCCCGGCGUGAUGUGGGAUUCUGACACAGAGAAAGCCCACACUUUCGAUUUCGAUUUCAUGGGAGCGCCCGAACCUAUCGACGUACCGAUCAUGGAACCGGCAUUACAGCAGAUACAAUCGAGACCAGUCUCUUCAUCCAAUGGCUCACGUGGUACCGCAUCGACCACCUCACGAUCGACACCAGCCGUGAACACCUGGGCCGCUCCUGAAGAAACCGAUGUCAUCUUUGGCGGGAAAAGCUGGCGGUCACUUCAUCCUGUCGCCACCACUGGCUGUCCACACGCUCUGGACAUGGGUCAACAUGCCGCCAUCUUUCUAGGCUGCUCUGCCUCAUCCACUCUCUUUCAUCCACCGGUCUACUUUAAACGCCAAGUCUACCCUACAUUCUCGACAUACAAUAUUUUCGUCAAAUAUCGCCUGAAAUGGAAACUCAACCUUGUCUGUGCCGGGGAGGAGCAUGAAGUGAGUGGCGACGCUCCUGUUACGGUUCUACCACCAAGUGAAGAACAAGAAGAACAGAAGAAGAGGAUGCUAGGCCGGGAGGGCAUGAAGCGGAAUUAUGACGAUUUGGGAGCAGGUCUCGAGCAGGCAGGGCAAGCCGUCCAGUUUAUCGGGGCGGUUUUGCAGCUUGUUGCCUAA